AUGGGCGAUCCCCCGUGUAAGAGUGAGGUGGAGGAGGACAUUCCAGGAGAUGUCACCACAGAAAACCUCUCUGAUGAAAAUUACAUGUCAUCACUAAAUUAUAAAGCAGAAGAUGAAGAUAUCAUGCAGCGCUCUUCAGGAGAAAACCUCAUUACCCUCAAAGUAAAUCCAGGACUUCACAGUACAGAUCUAUCGUAUAAUCCCCCUAAUCAUGAGGAACCUUCUCCUGACCAAUCACAGAUUGUUACCACAAGUGCAGGCCAGAACGAGGAUGACAGAUUUCAAUGUCAUACUGGGGAGAAGCGUUACUCCUGUUCAGAAUGUGAAAAGUGCUUUACAGACAAACAAACCCUUGUGAUACAUGAGAGAAGUCACACAGGAGACAAGUCAUACUCAUGUUCAGAAUGUGGGAAAUGUUUUACAAAUAAAUCACAUCUUGUUACACAUGAAAGAAGUCACACAGGAGAGAAACUGUAUUCAUGUUCAGAGUGUGGGAAGUGCUUUACCUGUAAAUCAAGUUUUGUUAGACACAAGAGAAUUCACACAGGAGAGAAGCCGUAUUCAUGUUCAGAAUGUGGGAAAUGUUUUACAAAUAAAUCACAUCUCGUUACACAUGAGAGAAUUCACAAAGGAGAGAAACCAUAUUCUUGUUCAGAAUGUGGGAAAUGUUUUACAAGUAAAUCAUAUCUUGCUACGCAUGAGAGAGUUCACACAGGAGAGAAGCCGUAUUCAUGUUCAGAAUGUGGGAAAUGUUUCACAGUUAAAUCAAAUCUUAUUAGACAUGAGAGACAACACAUAGGAGAGAAGAUGUAUUCGUGUUCAGAAUGUGGGAAAUGUUUUACACAGAAAUCAAAUCUUGUUACACAUGAGAGAUGUCACACAGGAGAGAAGCCAUAUUCCUGUUCAGAAUGUGGGAAAUGUUUUACAGUUAAAUCAAAUCUUGUUACACAUGAGAGGAUUCACACAGGAGAGAAGCCAUAUUCAUGUUUAGUAUGUGGGAAAUGAUUUACAUAUAACUCACAUUUUGUUAAACAUCAGAGAAUUCACAAAGGAGAGAAACCAUAUUCAUGUUCACUAUGUGGGAAGUGAUUAGGAGCUAAAUCAAACCUUGUAAACAUUAGAGACAUCAAACAGGAGAGAACCCUCACCUACUGUGUUCUCCCCUUCCCUUGUAGAUUGUAAGCUCUUACGGGCAGGGACCUCUACCUUUGAUCACACAACCCUCACUCCUUUGGCCAGGCAAGAUAGCUCUCUCAGACCAGGCCACCACUCUGUCCAUUUCCUAUGUGUAUAUAAUAUGUCAUAUCACUGUAUAUACUGUCACUGUAUUUAACGUCAUUAUAUAAUUCUGUUGAGUGGGUCCUAAAAAUACAAACUUUCAGUCUUUCUCGUGGGAGGGCACCUUCUGAAUUUUGGGUCCAUAGCAGCUGCUUCCUCUAUGGCUACUUCCCUUGUUUUACAGAUAAAUAAUAUCUGCUUACACAGGCAAUUACACAUCACACCACACAGAAAACGCAUUGAUGUCCAGAAUGUGGGAAGUGCUUUACAGACAAGUCAAAUCUUUAGAAGUCACACAGGAGAGAAGCCAUAUUCAUGUUCAGAAUGUGAGAAAUGUUUUAUUACUAAACUCAAACUUAAAGAUCAUCAAUGAAUCCAAGUAGGAGUAAAGCCAUUUUUUAUGUUCUUUGAUGUAGAAAAUGUUUUACAUAUAAAUAAGAUUUUAAAACUCAUCAGAGAAUUCACACAAAGAGGAAACCAAUUUAGCACAUCAGGCGAUUGAUUCACAGAUAUUAAUGGCCAAUAUGAAGGUUUAUUUCGGGGUGCAAUUAGACGGUAAAGGAAAAGUAUUGUGGAUUUGAGGAAAAGAAGAGCCUUGUAGUGGAGAUGAACCGUCCCCUUGAACCUUGCUUCUUAUCACUGUAUUUACGAGAAUCCAGAGUGAUUUGAGGAAAGUAACGAUGCUCCAUGUAAUUGUUUUAUGUAUGCGGACAGAUAAUAUUUCAUCUUCAUACAAAUUAUAUUAAACAAAAAAGGUGAUCGAUUAGAAUAAAACACUAAAACAAAUU